GGUGGCGGUAGGAAGCCGGAGACAGCAGGGUGACAGGUAGGCGGCGGUGCUGUCUUUGGGGGACGCAAAGUGCUAGAUGAAGAGGAUUUUUCUUUUCCUUCGGCCGCGGAAACUACAGAGGGGAGCUGGCGAGGGUGGUCUGGAAAGGCGGUAGCCGGUGUGUUGGUGGUCCCGGAACCUCUCGUAAACCAGAAUUGGAAAAUAUUUAACUCUUAACAAAUGAAUUCCCCACUUGAACUCUGCCGAAUUCCUGUGCCACCUCCUCCUUUAGAAAACUGAUCUUAAUACAGGGUUUGGUAUCAGGAUGAUGCUGGCCUCAUAAAAUGAGUAAGGGAGGAUUCCCUCUUUUUCUAUUGAUUGGAAUAGUUUCAGAAGGAAUGGUACCAGCUCCUCCUUGUACCUCUGGGAGAAUUUGGCUGUGAAUCCAUCUGGUCCUGGACUCUUUUUGGUUGAGAUAAAAGAGGAGUAGAAGGUAAAAGAAAAUGCUGGGAACUGACCGUUGUGUUGUGGAAGAAUGGUUAUCAGAAUUCAAGGCAUUACCUGACACUCAGAUCACCAGUUAUGCAGCAACUUUACACCGGAAAAAAACACUUGUACCAGCCCUCUAUAAAGUUAUUCAAGAUUCAAAUAAUGAGCUCCUGGAGCCUGUCUGCCAUCAGCUGUUUGAGCUCUAUCGUAGCUCAGAGGUUCGACUUAAGAGGUUCACACUGCAGUUCUUGCCAGAAUUGAUGUGGGUUUAUUUACGGCUUACAGUUAGCCGAGACAGACAGAGUAAUGGUUGCAUUGAAGCACUUCUGUUAGGAAUUUACAAUUUGGAAAUCGCUGAUAAAGAUGGGAACAAUAAAGUUCUGUCUUUCACUAUCCCCUCCUUAUCCAAGCCUUCAAUAUACCAUGAACCUUCAACAAUUGGAUCCAUGGCUUUGACAGAAGGGGCGUUGUGUCAGCAUGAUCUCAUCAGAGUUGUUUAUAGUGAUCUUCAUCCUCAGAGGGAAACGUUCACUGCACAGAACCGGUUUGAAGUCCUGAGUUUUCUCAUGCUGUGUUAUAAUUCUGCUAUUGUAUAUAUGCCUGCCUCAUCUUACCAAUCUCUUUGUCGGAUGGGUUCCAGGGUUUGUGUGAGUGGGUUUCCACGGCAACAUGAAAAACAUUGGAAAGAACUCUGUGGUCGAAUAGUAUUGGAUCCUGAAUUUAUGGUGCAACUUCUCACAGGGGUUUAUUAUGCCAUGUAUAAUGGGCAGUGGGACCUUGGCCAGGAAGUUCUUGAUGAUAUCAUUUAUAGAGCCCAGCUAGAGCUUUUUUCUCAACCACUAUUGGUUGCCAAUGCCAUGAAAAACUCAUUACCAUUUGAUGCUCCUGAUUCUACACAAGAAGGCCAGAAAGUCCUUAAAGUUGAAGUCACUCCAACGGUGCCGAGGAUUUCUCGGACUGCAAUUACAACAGCUUCAAUCCGUCGUCAUAGAUGGAGAAGAGAAGAUGGCUUUGACUUCUCAAACGAGGCUGACUCGAGUAUUCCUGGCUCCCCGAUCCAACACGGCUCCACUGACCUAGGGAUCAAACGUGUGCAAGAGGGGGAGGUGCUGGUGCGCAGGACCCCUGAGCAUGGCUCGCCGGAGCCCAACUCAGCAACAGCCACAACAGAGGGUGCUGAGGGUGUAAAUGGAGGAGAGGAGUCUGUAAACCUGAAUGAUGCAGAUGAAGGAUUUUCAUCAGGGGCUUCCCUCAGCAGUCAGCCAAUUGGGACCAAACCAUCCUCCUCUUCUCAGAGGGGAAGCUUAAGGAAAGUAGCAACUGGGCGUUCAGCCAAGGAUAAAGAAACAGCCUCUGCCAUCAAAUCCAGUGAGAGCCCUCGAGAUUCAGUAGUUCGCAAGCAGUAUGUACAGCAACCAACUGAUCUUAGUGUAGAUUCAGUUGAGCUGACACCAGUGAAGAAACACCUGAGCCUGCCUGCUGGCCAGGUGGUGCCAAAAACCAAUAGCUUAAGUCUAAUCCGGACAGCCAGUGCUUCCUCAAGUAAAUCAUUUGACUAUGUAAAUGGCAGUCAAGCAAGUACCAGCAUUGGGGUUGGCACUGAGGGAGGUACUAAUUUAGCAGCUAACAAUGCUAGUCGAUACUCAACUGUCAGUCUGCAGGAGGACCGGCUAGGUCAAGCUGGCGAAGGUAAAGAGCUCCUCAGCCCAGGAGCCCCCUUGACCAAGCAGUCCCGAUCCCCAAGUUUCAAUAUGCAGCUAAUAUCCCAGGUGUAGUUUUGACAUCCUCCCUCAUCUUUCUGCUUACCUUUUAAACUGAACAUUUCAUUGUGCAAGAAGACACUUCAUCUCACAUUGUGAAAAUAUUGGUCACUGUUAUCAGAUUUCAUUUAGUUUAGGUAUCUUCAUACUGUAUUUUGUAUCAAAACAGCAAUAAGGUUUUCUUUAUCCCUCUUUCCUACAUCUUCUCUUCACCUAUUCCUUGUAAAUGUGUUUGUGAAGCAGUAUAAAAUGUUUGCCUUUUCCAUGCCUUCCUUUCUCCUUGGGUGAUGUGCAAUCCAUCGUAGGCUGAUCGGUCCCAUUUCAACACUGUGAGACUGAGGAUACAUUAGAGGAAAUGGUGUAUAUGAUCCCUAUGAAACGAUUCUUUGGCUUUUGUUUAAAAACAAAACGGGUUUGUUCUCAUAAUCUAUAGAACUAUGAAGAUUACUGGAUCAUAUUUUUUUCUCUUAACCAGGAGUGCCUCAGAGAUUCUGCUAUGACUUUGGACUUCUCUGAGUCUGUGCAAUCAUUUUCUGGAGAAGCAUGGGGAAAGGUGGUAGACUGCUGCACUUUUUCAUUAAAAUGAGGGUAGCUCUUUCUCCACCCCCCCCAUCUCCUUUAUCCCGAAGACAUAAAUGUUCAAUUACAGAGGCAUUUAAAUCAAGUUGUGACCACCUCCAUUGGAGGGCAGGACUCUUAAGUUGAUUGUGUAAUUGAUAAUGCACUUUCUCAAUGGCUCUAUAGUCAUUAUUAACAUGUCUUCCCUCUUCCCCACAAGGACAUAUAAGGUCAUUUCUGUCCUUCAAGUUUGGCCAACUAACAAAUCAGAAUCUGAGGGGCAUGUUCUAUUUCCCAGGAAUGAUUGACACUUUGGUGCUGGGGUUUUGUGGGGGUGGGGGGUAGUUUUUGUUUAGCUUGUGUGGAGAUUGUGUGUGUGAGAGGAGAUUUUGAUUUUUUUUUUCUUUUCCUUUGUGAGCUGAUGGCUGAAGUGUAACAGUACAUCUUCAGGUAAAGAGAGGGAUUUCUCAAUCUACUUUCUGUUAUGUCAGACUAUAAGAGAAACCCUUUCAGCUGCUUUCUAGAUGUACCUAAAUUCAGUCAGAUAUUUUGGAUUAAGAAACCUAAAGUCCUGAUACAUUACAUACUCCAAGGAAAUAUAUCAGGGACAGACAAUUGGCUGAAAACACUGAUACUUCAAUGUGACGCAUUUUUAUAGAACAUUUCUACCAGGGGGUACUGACCUUGAUUUCUCCUACAAGGACCACACUGCCUUUGUGUUUAAUGUAAUGCAAUUUGUGUACCUUCUAAUCAUAUAUCUGCAGUUCCUCAUUUUUAUAAAACUUUGAAAUCAUGCCAGUAAGCUAGAUGUUGAAUGUAUGUAAGUAGCAUUUGGUAACUGCUAAGAGGUUACAAAAACAUUAUUGGUAAAAAAAAUUUUCUUAGUUCUGAUCUGGUUGGAUAAGAUUUUAUCAUAACCUUUUUUGGGUCUCAGGCUCUGGUGUUUGAAAAAGAAGGGAAAAUAUUGGGUUUUAAAAAAGUGUAUUGUGACUUAAACUGUUAUAAGUUAUCCUUCCACAGAAUACAUCAGAGCUAUUAGUGCUUUGUACAUUUAGAUGUUUUUACUUGAUUAUUGUUUAAGAAAAAUAUACUGAAUUUAUAGAAAGCAAGUAUUCUCCUAAUUAGCAAAGGUUAAAAUUUUAUCUCUACCAUUAAAAUUACAAUAGAUUUUGAUAAAUAACCAGAAAAAAACGCCUUUUUUUUCCACACCUAGCAAUCCUCCCGUUUUUAUUCUAAGAACUUUCUUUUUUCCCUAAGAGACUUUCUGUUAGACUCUUUAUAUAUGAGAUGCUUGUUUAAAUAUGGUGGUCUGUAACAUUUUCCAGCUCAUGUGAAAAUGGAAAACUAGAACCUGAACUAGUAUCUACAACAUUGCCAAAGUCCAGGGUAAAGCUAAAAGUUGAUAAAUAGACAAUUUAUUGAUUUGUGUGUGUCUCUGUGUGUGUGUGUAUAUAUAUAUAUAUGGUGUGUAUAUGUAUAUAUCACAAAGUUGUAUUUUAAAUAUUUUAAAUAUCCUUUCUUUUAAUUUAACUAAGGGAUGUCAAAUAAAUGAAAGGAGUUUAAAAAUAGCCAAAAUAAAUGAGCUGUAAAGGCCCAUAACAUACUAAAACAGGCAGUUUCAGGUAUGUAAGGAAAGGAGCAUUAUACUUACCUAGAAAGUGAGAUCUUGGCUAUGGCUGGAGGUCAGUCACUUUAUGGCAUAAAUUAUUUGGGAGGUAAAAAGACUGUUUUCAAUUCAAAUUGUGCAUUUAUUGGCAUCUAAAUCUAGCAUGAUUUUACUUAAAGCACAAAAGAAAUACCAUACAAUACCAAAUUACAGCAAAAGUUAGAAUAAAUGCAACAAAAUUUUCCUUUGGCUAGAAAUCUUAUGUUAUACCUGAAAAAUUGGUUUUAAAAAAUGUUCAUCUUGGCCGGGCGCGGUGGCUCACACCUGUAAUCCCAACACUCUGGGAGGCUGAGGUGGGUGAAUCAUGAGGUCAGGAGUUCGAGACCAGCCUGGCCAACAUGGUGAAACCCUGUCUCUACUAAAAAUACAAAAAAUUAGCUGGGCGUGGUGGCAAGCACCUAUAAUCCCAGCUACUCGGGAGGCUGAGGCAGGAGAAUCGCUUGAACCCGGGAGGUGGAGGUUGCAGUGAGCCAAGAACGCGCCACUGUACUCCAGUCCAGGCAACAGUGCAAGACUCCGUCUCUGGGAAAAAAAAAAAAAAAAAAAGUUCAUCUUAGAGGAUUUUAUUUAUCUGUAUGUAUAUACAUAUAUGCUUGUAUGUAUACAUACCCACAUUAACAUUUUAUGACCCUGUAACAUUUGUUUUCUCUUCUUUUAGGUGAUGUGAGUUGACCUCAGUGAAGAAACAUUUCAUUUAGUCUAAGCCUUGCAUUCAGGGUCUUAAAACAGAUUUCUUGUGCAAGAAUUAUUAUUAGUUAAAAUGGAAGGCGUUAGUUUAACAAACUGAGAGUCAAAUUUUCUAAGUUUUUAAAUAUGCAUUUUAACAUGCAUUAUUUUUGGCAUUUAAUUUAAAAUAAUUUUGUUUCAUAUAUACAACAGCUGUUACAGAUAUAUGCCAGCAAUAUUCAUACUUUUUUAACAAGCUCUUGUUAUAUAUUUUCUAAUUUCCAUAAAAGUCUAAUCAUCUAUGAAAAAGAUGUUUAGGGAGAAAAUACUUGUUUUCUGUAAUAAAACAAUUAGGUUGGUGCCAUGUAUGCCAAGUUGGAUAAAAGAAUACAAAGAAAUAGCUGAAGGUUUUGGGAGCUUGCUCUGACAUUAAUUACUAGAAAGCAAACUAAAAUGCAAAGUGAAUAGUUAACUCAGAAGAUUUGAUUUUUUGAAAUAGGGUCUCACUCUGUCCUCUAGGCUAGAGUGCAGUGGCACUAUCACGGCUCACUGCAGCCUCAGCCUCCCUGGGCUCAGGUGAUCCUCCCACCUCAGCCUCUGGAGUAGCUGGAACUCCAGGCAUGCACCACCACACCUGGCUAAUUUUUGUAUUUUUAGUAGAGACGAGGUUUUGCCAUGUUGCCCAGGCUGGUCUUGAACUCCUGGGCUUAAAAGAUCCACCCACCUGGCCUCCCAGAAGUGCUAGGAUUACAGACAUAACUACCACACCUGGCCUGAAGAUUUUUAAAUGUGAAAAUAUUUUAAGAAGCUAAGGGGAAAAUUGUUAUUUUAAAAUCCUGAUCCCCUUACCUUUAACCCUUACCAUUCCCCUUACCUUUCCAAUUCACUUUUCUUUGUCUAUUUAUUAUAGAAUCAGAAUUGUGCUAAGAAGAAACCCUAGAGAUAAUCUAGCUAGUCUCCCACUCCCUCUCCCCAACCUUCAUCCUCAAGAAACAGAGGCUCAGAGGUUGUGGUGUGAUCAAGAUCAUACACCAAAGCAGAGCCAGAAUCAAACCCAGUCUCCCAUGGGUUUGGGGAGGCAGUGGGUUGUUAACUCCAUUUUUGCAGUUUCUUUAUAGUUCUGGUCUAGUAGUUAGUGAAUAUAACACAUUAAGAAAAGUGUUAAAUCCAGAAAAAAUGUAGAGUAAUCUAGAUGGGGAAAUGUUGGAAAUGUUAAGUAUAUCUACAGACGUAAGGAUCAAUACAUUAUUCUAAUUUAUGCCUUACUAUUUUCUGCCACAUAACAGUUGUAUGCUGCCAUUUUAUAGUUGAAUACAUUUGUUGGGAUUUAUUUAAAUGUAAAAUAAACCCAAUGAAAUGGCUUUGAUCAGUGUUUUCUAGUUAUUUUAAAGUAAUUUUUGAGUCAGCCAGCUUUCAGUCACCAGUGUGGCAAGCUAAUUGUAUUGCACAAUAGAGUAUUGCAAAGUAAAGAUUAAAUAAAUUUGAUUCCAUUACUUUUUAAUGUAGAAAGAGACUGAAUCUUAUGCUUAGAGCAAAUGCAAGCAAUAUUUCCUUAUAUGAUUGAAAAAGGUUUUAUAGUGUGAUGCUUAUGAUUCCAAAUGGAACAGUGACCAUGAUGUCAUUUAAAGUGUGUAUAUACCAUAUAAAAUGUCUUAAAUGCGUUAGUCUCAGCUAUAUAAGCUCAGUAUUUCCAGUCUGUAUUCUCAGAUUCCACCUAGUAGCUUUAAAUUAAUUAAAAUUGUUUAUUAGACACUGGAAUACUGAGAAUAACUUCUUUCAGAUUUUGUUUGCACUACUUUUGUGAAUAUUUUAAUGGAGUCCAUUUUUGAGUACUUCAGUUGUUGACAAUCAGUUGUCUCAUUUAAAUCUCUGCAUGUUCAUUUGUAAAUAAAAAAUGUAAUACCUGUCUUUAGGGGUAGUCCCCUAUUUAUUACAAACACUGGCAAGGAAUAUCUCUCCAUUUCUGACCUUGGACUACAAAGUAUGUUUUGGGUUUUUCUUUUUUAAUCAGUAUUUCAGUUACAUCUUUGUUUUCAGCUUUAAAAAGUUUAACAGGUCAUGCCAAUGAUCAGAAAAUCUGUAAGAAUUUUAGAGCAAUUUUUCUACAUACGGCUAUGUUAAACAGUCUGAACAUGAGACUUUUUCUUUCAAGUUGAAGAUUAUUGUCAUCGUUUUACCACUAAGUUGGUUGAGACACUUACUUGUAAUACUUUAAUUUUUUUAAAGUGUUUUUAGAAACAAGUUGUUUGAAAACCAAUUAGAAAUUAGAAUAUUUGCCAGAUUAUAAGAAGACGGAAUGCAGUGUAAAACUGUUAACAAUGCUAAUAAAAUUAUGAGUCAUCAGAUUGGUACAGUUUUCCCUGCCAAGGUGGUCAUAUUGAUAAUGUAAGACAAAUUUUAGUAUUACUUGCAUUAUGUGUACCUAAUAGGUAUAUCAUACUGGUACUGAGCAUAUAUAGAAAAUACUAUUCAUAGAGGAGUCAUCACCACCCAACCUCCUUGCCCAUGUAGGCAUAUUUCUUCUGAACCUGACCACACAAGUACAACAUUUUGGUAACUUCAGUCUUUUCAGUAUUUUUGUAAUCUUAGCCAUAGUCCUAUGAGAAAUAUACAUAAGAGCAAACAAUUCAGGAUAGAAAUUAGCAGAAAGCUGGGAAUGAUGUGAAAUAACUGGCAGCAUAGUACAGAAAUGUAAGGUAUAUGUUUUGCUUCUGGAUUUUUAGAAAUUGUGCUAAUCAUGUUUACAAAUUAAGGCAUAUUCAGAUGUCUGCUAUUAUGUUUAAUAUUGAUUUUAUAAAAAAAUAGAAUUAGGUGUAGCUUAAAGUAUAAAUGAGUCUCUUUAAAAAUGUGUAUCUGGAAGUAGGUCUAAUAAAGAAAUCCUUUUAUUUUCAAAGAAAUGAACUUAAUUGGACAACUCAUCCCCAAUUACAGAAUUGAUAUCAAUAUGGUUUGCUGUAUUUGAGUAUAAACAGCUCAGUGUUAAUUAUAUCAAAGGAAGUUCUUUACAUCUUCAUUGAUUACAAAAUUUACCAAAGAAAAUGUAUCUACCAAAUAUAAUUUUUAAAGUACUUGUUAAGGAAUGAAGCCUCUUUAACAUAUAAAGUAUCUUAAAAAUAUUCUCUGACCUGGAAAAUAGGUUUACAGUAGCUAAAAGAUUCCAUUUUAGCUUUUCUUAUGUCAAUAAAUGUCAAUAUUUUACAUUUCCAGCGAAAGUACCCGUUAAAGACUAAAUCUAAAUAUUAUUCCUCAUAGCACAGUUUCUGGUCUCCUUAAAUUAAGGAUCCUACUCAUCAGGAUUGAAUAAAAAGGGGGAAAUUCCUAAAAUUGGUAUAUUGUAUAAUAUUGUGGGUUAAGUAAAAUUUAUGGGGGCAUUAUGGAAAUGUACCUAUUUUAAAGGGCAGUGGCAAUUACUAUAAGUAUAAUAUUGGUUAAACUGGUAAAGUUUGUUAAAUAAUUUAUGUCCAUGAUCAUUCUGUUUUUUUCUUUGCAGAAAAACAGGAUUGGGUUAAGAAAAGCUAAAAUACUCAUUUUUUAAAAUGUAUAGCCCAAUAAGAACUAAAUGAUUUAUUUCAAAAGUUAAAUAAUUUUUUUUGGAAAUCAUGAAAUGUAUUUGCAUAUUGAUGUUCCAAACAGGUUUUAUGUAUUGUUUUUUAUAGCAGGGAGUAGUUGAAAAGUAAUGAGUGUAUUGAUUAGCUGUCUUGGAAAGAGAGGAUUGGCUUUCUAACAAUCACUGAUACAGGUUUGGGUUUGGGGGGUUUGUUUUUUGUUUGUUUUUAAGUUUUAUCAUCCAUACUGAAUUGAGAGAUAUGCUCCAUGUUUAAAAACAUUUGUAAUAAGUUCAUCUACUUGACACUGAAUCUUUUUUAUUCUUACUCUAAAAUUAUUCUGGCUUUACAUUCAGUUUAAGUGGUUAAGUGAAACAGUUUUUAGGGUGCAAAAAUUAUUUUCCUACUGUUUUUCUCAUGAUAAUUUGAGUCUCCUGAGCUAUAAUUUCUGAAGGAUUUUUACUACUUUGGCAUUAUGUAAUCUGAUCUCUGUCACAAUGAUAGUAAAUAAGAACUAUCUCACUUUCAUAUGUUUGCUUCAUAAAAGGAUAUAGAAUGUACACAUCAGCUUUUUUUUUUUUUUAAACCAGCAUCAGCCUAUAACUUGGUAUAAACUUCCCAAGUAUUUAGAGAAUAGUGCUGGUGAAAAUUUAAAUAGGAUAGGCAUAUAGAAACUAUGACUUGUAUUGAGUGAUGUCCUUUCAACCUAGGACUAGUGACAACCUUCAUUUUUUCAGAGCUGAAGAAAAAACCAUGAAUUUAAGAUCAUAUUUAUUGGUGCAUGUAAGCCAUUAUCCUGUCUUAAUGAACCGAUUAAUGCUGUUGAUUGUUGAAAUGUGAAAUGUAGUCACUGUUGACCUUGUAAAUAUCUGCCAGAGAUGAAAAAAUAUUUUAAGUUAUUGUAAAUAAAGAUGUAUAAAAUUCAGUAUCAGUCUGCAAUGCAGAAACAUAUCUUAGAUGUUAAAAUACUGUGUUUGAGAGAUGUGUAAUUUACCCUUAGAUGUAUCUAGUUACAUUAAGAGUGUAAAUUUUUUUGUACAGUAUAAAAAUACAGCUCUAUUUGGCUUUUAA